AUGGCUGCGCUGGAGAAACACUUCGUGCCUAAAGUCAACGUCGUAGCAUGCAGACACACGUUCAGACAACGUGUUCAGCGCUCGGACGAGACAGCAAUACAGUACGUAGCCGCGCUAAGGGACCUGGCUGCGUCAUGUGCAUUUGAAACUACAACUACUGAACAAGACAGUACUGUGCCAGCAACUUUCUACAUUGUGGAAGCCGGAUCUCCCCUGCUGGGCUUGGAUUUGAUUAAAGCCCUGGGGGUCAGCAUCAUUGACGGCAAAGUGAUCCUCAACACGGACUGUGCAAACACGCCACCUGCUGGGGAGCCCGAAGGUGCAGUGCACAACAUUGACACUACUCCAGUUCAAACACUCGGGUGUGUCAAAGGAUUUAUUCAUAAAGUACAAGUCAACAAUGCAGUGCGUCCAGUGCGCCAAAAACUACGACGUCUACCGCUCAGUAUACGCAAAGAGGUCUCUACAGAACUUACCCGACUACUCCAAGCAGGCAUCAUUGAAAGAAUUGAUGCAUCUGAAUGGGUGAGUCCCCUUGUGGCGGGAAGAAAACGCCAAGGGGCUCUGCGCCUAUGUGUCGACUUGCGUGAACCAAAUAAAAGUGUCGUCAUGGACUGCUACCCGCUUCCUCACAUGGAGGACCUGUUCGCUGAACUGUCUGGUGCUACAUACUACAGCCAGAUCGAUUUAAGCUCAGCCUACCACCAGUUGCCUCUACACCCAGAGAGCCGCAAACUGACUGCCUUUAUAACCCAUGACGGCUUAUUCCAGUUCACUCGAGUCCCCUUUGGCCUUGCUUCCGCUCCAUCUGCAUUCCAAAAAAUGAUGGAGACAAUACUGAAGGACUUACCGGGUGUACAGAACUACCUGGACGACAUCAUUAUCUAUGGAGCUUCAAGAGAGGAACACGAUCUGCGCCUACAAGCAGUCCUCAACCGCCUAAGUGAGGCCAGCCUACAGAUCAACUUUGGGAAGAGCACCUUCGCAAAAACACAGAUCACAUUCCUGGGCCAUGUCAUUUCCAAAGAAGGCUUGCGCCCGAGCACAGACCACCUUACUGCUAUCGCUGAAGCACCUGCACCAAGAGACAUGCCAGCGCUGCGCUCAUUCUUAGUAUGCCAGUCCUGUGACAAGACUGCCAAAGUGUCACCUGCUCCGCUACAACCUGUAGAGUUUCCUGAAGGCCCCUUCCAGCAUGUGGCUGUGGACAUAGUCGGUCCUUUCGAACGUGGACCUCAGGACUGUAGGUUCAACAGAGUGCUCAAAGACUGUAUCCAGGGAGCACAGGCUGUGCAAAAGCCAUGGAAGCCAACAGUAACUGCCAUGCUCCAAAGCUACAGAGCCACACCCCAUGCUACAACGAACGAGUCUCCAUUCCUGCUGCUCAGAGGACGACCUAUGAGAACCAAGCUCCACAUUCUGCCACAACGUGAUGACACCGGACGUUACGACAAAGUGAGAUCCAGAGUCGCUCUGCAGCAAGCCAAAAGUAAGAAAUACACUGACAAAAAGCGAGGUGCUAAACCUCCUAAACUUGCAGUGGGAGACAAAGCCAUGGACAGCUCGUCCUCUGCUGACCCCCCUGAUGUGAAGACCACCUUUUCACAGGUGGUCUUCACAAAUGCCCCCCGCUCUUACCCCCCCAGCACCUGUGUCACCUGCGACUACACCAUCUGCCCCUCCUUUCAGCCGCACAGCCGCGACUGGGUUGGGAUUUUCAAGGUUGGUUGGAGUUCAACAAAAGAAUAUCAUACCUUUGUCUGGGCGGAGCCAUGUUUAAAUUUAACAGGACAGGAGACAGUGACAAAACAAGCUGUUUUUAAGGAAUACUAUCUCCCCAAAGACGAUGAGUUCUACCAGUUCUGCUACAUAGACAACACGGGACAAGUGCGAGGAGCCAGCACCCCGUUCUGUUUCCAGAACCCCGGGGAUCACAGCCUGGGUCACAGCUCUGACGAUGACCUCCUGGUGAUCACUACACAGGAACAAGUUGAGCAAAGUGUUCGUGAAAAAGCUGAAAUGAUGAAAGAAAUGGAGCUGACAAGAGCAGAAAACGAAACCUUAAAACAACAACUGCAAGAGCUGAACGUAAAGAAGGAGCAAGACUGGAAUGCUCUGAUCACAGAAAAGAAUAACAUUGAAGAAGAAAGAGAUCAACUCAAAAGUGACUUUCAAACACAAAAAUCGGAAAUGGACAAUUUAAAGGCUCGACCACAGAGAAAAUACAGCCUAGAUUCUGCUGAUGCGGCUAAACAAAAUGAAAAAUACGAAAGAGCAUUGAAAAAAAUUAAACUUCUGAAGGAGGAACGGGACAAGCAAAAGGAAAUCGAUGAAGCUCAAAAAGCGGUGACAGCCGAGCUAAAAACCAAAGAAAAGGAUUUUUUAAGAGCACAAGACGACCUCGAGCUCCUAAAGGUGGAUCUUCAAUGCAGCGAAACAGAAAAACAGAGAUUACAACAUGAGCUGCAAAAGCUGCAGAGUGAAAUUCAACACUUACAAAAGGAAAAUCUGGGAAUGCAAAGAAAACCAGUUGAAAAUGGUCCAACUGAGGACACAAAGACCGUCGAGCUUUCAGAUGAGUUACAAAAGGUAAAAACGUUAUUGGCCGCUGAGAAGGAAGAAUCCAGAAGACAAACAGAACGCUUUCAGACUGAGAUGUCAAAAAUCACUGAACAACUGAACAACGUGGCAGCGUUCAGCGAGGAAUUAGAACGGAAGAAUAACAAAUUUCAAAUGAUGCUACGAGAGGCUCACGAACUCAUUGCUGAAAAAGAUGCCUUGAGAGAACAACAGGAGGAUAUGAUCAAGCUCGACAGGCGCGAGAAGGAAAAACUUGCCAAAGAAAACCAGGCCUUAAAAAACAAUAUUGCAGAGCUGCGCAGAGGUGUUGUAGAACCCUCACACAACGUAUUGGAAAGUGAGCUUGACCAGGGCAGACCAGAGCCAGGAGAACAGCCCAGCGUAAUCGAUGAGGAAUUCAUAACAGAGGAGCAACCCUAUGAAAUGAUCGGUAACACAGAAGUGACAGAGGAAGAGGAGUUGAUGGUGUGUAGCUUCUGCCAGGAGCGGUUCCCAGGAAUUACCCUGGGUGAACUGGAGCUGCACCAGCAGAGCCAUCGCGUCUGCCCCUUCUGCACCAUGAUAUGUGACGAUAUGGAGCAGAGACAAUUUGAAAACCACGUGUACGGCCAUGGCUUGUAA